AGUGCGGCGCACCGGCUGCGGCUGGCGAGGGUUGCUCUCGACCGGCACGCUGUAUUUCUCAGCCCCGGGGGGAAGGUACCUACUGCCGGAAAGAGCCUCACGUGAACUUUGAACAAACACGAUCCCCGAGUGCUCUCAGUCCUGCUCCCAGAUCACUACUAUGGUGAUCCGUGUGGGGGCAUUGUUCACACGUUCUGGACUUGGAAGAGAAUCUGCAUUUCGGAGCCCAGCCUGGUGCGGAGCUGAAUGAAGAUGUGGCCCGAAAUGGUUUAACUUAACAAUGUCAUCGUUCGGUCACUGUCAAAUAACCUUGAGUGUUCAAAACAAAACAUUGUACAUGAGUGCUGCCGCGAACAGCUGAUUGAUUGAGAGACGCCGACUGUCUUGCAUCUGCACAACUUUACUCAAGUCUCAAGCGUUGCCUAAGUUGUUGAGUGAAAUGGUGCACUCGUCUACACCGGUUCCUUCCACCAAGCACUAUGCGGACUCGUUCUGGUGCACCUACGUCGUCUCGGUGGUUGCUGCAAGCAUAGCAGAAGUCUUGACUUAUCCACUUGAUCUCACUAAAACGCGACUUCAAAUUCAAGGGGAGAAGGCUGCAGCACAACAUGGAAUCUCAAAUGCUGGACCAUACAGGGGUAUGUACAAGACUGCAUUAGGUAUUGCUCAAGAAGAAGGUGCACUAGAGCUUUGGCGAGGAAUAACACCAGCAAUAUACAGGCAUGUUGUAUACUCUGGUAUUCGCAUUGUGACUUACGAACGACUCCGAGACGAUGUUGCUGGAAAAAACCCCGAUGGCUAUUUUCCAGUUUGGAAAUCAGCAAUUUGUGGUGCAACAGCUGGUGCUAUUGCCCAGUUUGCCGCUAGCCCUACUGAUCUUAUCAAAGUUCAAAUCCAAAUGGAAGGGAAACGUAGACUUCUUGGUAAACCCCCAAGAGUGCUCAGUUUUGGUCACGCAUUUCAACAGAUUUUGGCCAGUGGAGGUGUAAAAGCUUUGUGGAAGGGUUCAAUACCCAAUGUCCAACGAGCAGCUCUUGUAAAUCUGGGAGACUUGACUACUUAUGACACUGCAAAGCACUUCAUUCUGACACACACCACUUUAACAGACAAUCAUUUCACUCACAUACUUGCAAGUGCAUGUGCUGGAUUAGUAGCAGCCACCAUGGGUACCCCUGCCGAUGUUGUGAAAACAAGAGUCAUGAAUCAGCCAACGGACGCAUCUGGCAAGGGCCUUGUUUACAAAUCAUCAAUUGACUGCCUUAUUAAGACAGUGGAGAAUGAAGGAGUGUUAGGAUUAUACAAAGGGUUCCUUCCAGUAUGGAUCCGAAUGGCCCCUUGGUCCCUUACGUUUUGGCUGUCCUUCGAGCAAAUACGUCAUGCAUUAGGGGCUAGUGGGUUCUAGUGAGCAGCAACUUUCGAUCUUUGGUCAUUUUAGAUGCUUUACCAAACCCUAUUGGUGUUCAGAGCAAACAUUAUUUUGUCUAAAAGUUUUACCAUGAAGACUUUCUAAGCAUAUGCUUCUAUUUUGUAGCUUUGUGUGUGACCAAGUUACUACAGAAUUGAUCUUAUUACUUAUGACUUCCAAGAAGUGUUUGCGUGUUUGCGUUGAUUAGAUCAGUCUCCUUUUAAUGUUAGAUCUAUAAUGUUUAUUAUGUUUAACUUGUGCUUGGUGCGUGCAGGUCAUGAGAAUGAUAUGCACUGUGAUAUGUUCAUAUAGCAAGGUAUGAUUUUCGACCACCAUUCUUUCCAAAUUUCUAAAUAUUCUUUUUGGAUAUUUCUUGAAUUAACUCAUUUGCUAUCACAUGAUGUAGUAUUGAAUUACAGUAUGAGUUGAACAUUUUAUUUAUGGCUGUGAGGCAUAAUUAGCAGUUCUAUGUCUAAUGAUUACCAUUCCACAGUUGCAAUGAAUUUAGAUCCUUAUUGUGAUAUGUAUCAUACCUGUUUUUAAGUACUGUAAUUCCAGCAUGAGAAAUAUAAUCAAUUUUACACAUCACGCACAUAUGUGUUCAUUUGACAAACAACAAUAAGAGUGAUGGUAUGCCUGUAAAAGUGAUUGCAACCUUUUUAUUUUUUUUGUUGCUGUAUUUUUAUUUUCUCAUUGUUUUUUUCCCUCUUUUACGUCUUAUUUCUCAUUGAAAAUGUGACAGUUUUACCUAUAUUUCAAUUAUGUUUUCAAUGAUUAGCUUUAAGGUUGUUUUUGUUACAAACCCUCUAUCACAUGUAUAAAUUCUGUUAUUGUCUGCUUAGGCAAGAAUGACACUUAAUUGUUGUUCAGGAAUAUGCUGAGAGUUAUUUGUGAAAGGAAUGAUUUUAGACACAUUUUACUGGUAUCAACUUUUUAAAAAGAUUUUUGUUUGUUCUUUUUGUGUAUGUGCCAUUGAGAGCUAGUCCUGUCUUUUUACCUGUUGACACAUUUUUAAUGUAGGACUUUCUGAAGUGCUGUUAAAAUUCACAUAAUUAAUUUGGCACUGACAUGGCCAUUGCAGUCAAUAUUCUUAUUUACACCUGUGAGUUAUUUUUGUUGUAAUAUUUCUUUUAAGUUCUAGUCGUCUUCACUCUUUUGAAUUGGCAUAAUUGGCAUGAAUCUGUUUGAAGUGUUGGCAGCUGUAGGAAUAUGAAUUAGAUACGUUGAAGCAUUACCAUCAAUGUUCAGUCAUAAGUUGUAGUUUCCUGUUAGUACGUACUGAUAAUGCACACAAUCGAAGUAAAGAAAAUAGAAUAGAACCUUCCACUAAGUGUUUUGCUGUAUCGGUAAUCUGGUUCAAGUAAGUCUUGCUCUUUACAAUAAAGGGGUAUUGGCAAAAUA